AAAGAUGCUGACACUCAGUGGGAGGUGCAGGCACUGAUGGAUCACACCUACACAUUAGAAGGAAAGAUGAAGGAUGUAUGCGACAGAGAAACACAAUGUGGUGGAGAAGUACCCCUUGCCCAUGCCAUCCUGAAGAAUGACACUAGCUGCGUGUUGUACACAGGCCUUUCUCUCAAUGCAUUUUUUGAUCAUGUAAAAUAUCUGGAACAGUUCUAUAAAGCAAACUUUAAGAUGCACGAAAUGGAUCAAAUUUUGAUGACCAUGAUGAAACUAAAGUUGAAUCUACUCCAGGGUGAUCUUGCAGAACGCUUUGCUGUGUCCCAGGGGUUAGUGAGCCGGAUCCUCUCCUACUGGAUAGACACAAUGGAGGAGCACAUGAGAAUCUUCAUUCCUUGGCUGCCACGGGAGACAAUCCGGAGCACAAUGCCUCAGUGCUUCAGGGAGAAGUUCCCCAACACCACCUGCAUCAUUGACUGCAGUGAGACCAACCUGCAGAAACCACACAACCUUGACUCCAGAGGCGAGUCCUACAGCCAUUAUUAUUCCAGCAAUACUAUAAAGUAUUUAGUUGCUAUUGCCCCGUGUGGGCUUGUUAUGUUCAUUUCUCCUGCUUAUGGAGGCAGGUGUAGUGACAAGUUCAUCACUCAGGAGUCUGGCUUUCUGGAGUAUCUUCGUCCCGGUGAUGAAGUGAUGGCAGACAGAGGCUUUACCAUCAGAGAUCUGCUGUUUGAGAGAAGGGUUAACCUUGUUCUACCAGCAUUCACCCAUAAAGGAGGGCAGUUGUCUGAUGAGGACGUAACUGCCACAAGGAGGAUUGCAAAUGUUCGCAUUCAUGUGGAAAGAGUUAUCAGGAGGCUCAAGGUGUUCAAAAUAAUCUCCCAGACUGUACCCAUCAACUUGUCACACAAAAUGGACAAAAUCCUCAGAAUCUGUGCGGCCCUUGUGAACAUGCAGGGGGAAAUCAUCCACGAGGAUGCUGAUUGAUCAUGGACAUAUAUUAUCCAUAAUAUUUGUAAAUAUUUAUUUGACAGCCUGCAGUCCCUUGAUAGUACUAUAGUUUUCUCAUCUGAUUUGUCUUUAAUAGUCUAUUUUUCAGAUAUCUCUAUUCUG